AUUUUUGGAGAUAACCUCAUGUGAGCCAUCAACCCUCGUGAAAAAGGGUUCUAUACUUUCUCCAAUUUUACCCUUUCUACACGUACGCACCCAUCUUCUCCUGCUUGGUCAACUGUGAUUCAUCAACCUUACCCCAAUACCAGUCGCCGCAUCCCACACGCACCCCACCCGCAUCCACCACCCCCAACCCAACGAAUAUAAAUAGAUAGCAAACUGGCUUGCUUUAUGCAUCUUGAUUCUAGUUCUCCUGAUCUACUGCUAAUCGACAUUGACUUUGUGCACAGAUAUUUCUUUCCUUUUUUCAUUGAACUGUGCAAUUGAUUUAAUAAACAGAGCUUUGCAAUGAAUGCUCUUUCGGCCACCAAUCGCAACUUCCGUCAAGCGGCUCGCAUUCUUGGGCUUGACUCCAAGAUUGAGAAGAGCCUUUUGAUCCCAUUCAGAGAGAUUAAGGUGGAGUGCACAAUUCCCAAAGAUGAUGGAACCCUGGUGUCUUAUGUUGGAUUUAGAGUGCAACAUGACAAUGCUCGUGGUCCAAUGAAGGGAGGAAUCAGAUACCAUCCAGAGGUAGACCCCGAUGAGGUAAAUGCUCUUGCCCAACUGAUGACUUGGAAGACUGCUGUAGCCGACAUUCCAUAUGGUGGAGCAAAGGGUGGUAUAGGAUGUAAUCCAAAAGAUUUAAGCAAGAGUGAGUUGGAACGCCUUACACGUGUCUUUACACAGAAGAUUCACGAUCUUAUAGGAAUUAAUACUGAUGUACCGGCACCUGACAUGGGAACCAAUGCUCAGACUAUGGCAUGGAUUUUGGACGAGUACUCAAAAUUUCAUGGUCACUCGCCAGCUAUUGUCACAGGAAAACCAAUUGAUCUUGGUGGUUCACUAGGCAGGGAGGCCGCAACUGGCCGUGGCGUUGUAUAUGCCGCAGAAGCAUUACUCGCCGAACAUGGCAAAUCAAUAAAAGACUUAACAUUUUCUAUUCAGGGGUUCGGAAAUGUUGGAUCGUGGGCCGCAAUGCUCAUACACAAGAAAGGUGGUAAGGUUGUAGCUGUGAGUGACAUAACCGGAGCAGUGAAAAAUCCUAAUGGACUUGAUAUACCAGCUUUGCUUCAGCACAAGGAGAGAACUGGAACGUUAACUGAUUUUGAUGGUGGUGAUGCAAUGGAUUCAGAUGAAGUGCUCACUCAUGAAUGUGAUGUUCUCAUACCAUGCGCUCUAGGUGGAGUUCUAAACAGAGAAAAUGCUGGAAAUGUCAGGGCCAAAUACAUCAUAGAAGCAGCAAAUCAUCCGACUGACCCCGAAGCUGAUGAGAUUUUGUCCAAGAAAGGAGUUAUAAUACUCCCCGACAUAUAUGCAAAUGCAGGAGGAGUGACAGUAAGCUAUUUUGAGUGGGUUCAGAACAUUCAGGGUUUUAUGUGGGAUGAAGAGAAGGUGAAUCGGGAACUUAAGAAAUACAUGACAAGAGCCUUCCAUAACCUGAAGAAUAUGUGUCAGUCUCAUGCUUGCAACCUUCGCAUGGGAGCCUUCACUCUGGGUGUGAAUCGUGUUGCUCGUGCCACAUUAUUGAGGGGUUGGGAAGCCUAGGGUUCUCGUCUUUGGCGCUCAACAACUGCUUAUUCUCCAAAAUGUUCAGUUCAAUAAAAACUUUUUUUCUUCUAUUCUUAGGAUCAUUUCAAACUGGUCGAUGAAGUAUAGCCAAUUUGACGAUGUCAUUUUGAAAGAGGAAACAGAGCAACAAAUUGUUUGUAUUCGAAGUUGUUGUUUCAAUUAAGCUUUUACUCAUUGUGAUAGGUCCACCUUCUUUAAGGUGACUAAGUCUUCAAACCAUUGGUAAUGAAACUAAAUCCAGAAAUUCAUCUAUCAGAUCAACUUUUGUGUUUUUUCUCUUUA